GUGUAACCGUGUCGGCCCCCCUGGCUGCUGGAGAGCCCAUGUGACUGUGUGACACAGAUGUUUCCUGCUCCCCGGGGGGCCUGCAGGAUCAGUGAGGAGGCCACCCUCAGAACUGACAUCUGCCCAGCCAUGGGCUGCUACCUGUUGCUGCUGCUCCUGGGACUGGCAGGCCAGGGCUCAGCGGACAGCCAUCCCGAGGUGCUACAAGCUCCAGUGGGGUCGGCCAUUCUGGUGCAGUGCCACUACCGGCUCCAGGACGUGAGGGCUCGCAAGGUGUGGUGCCGGUUCUCGCAGGAAGCCUGCCAGCCGCUGGUGACAUCAGCCGUGGACCGAAGGGCUCCCGGGAGCGGACGCAUAUUCCUCACUGACCUGGGUGGGGGGCUCCUGCAGGUGGAGAUGGUGACCCUGCAGGAGGAAGACACGGGGGAGUACGGCUGCGUGGUGGAGGGAGCCGCAGGGCCGCAGACCCUGCACAGGGUCUCCCUGCUGGUGCUGCCACCGGUUCCUAGCCCAGGAGAAGGACAGGACGUGGAGGAAGAGGAAGAGAAAGAGACCUACAGAAACGGAAGUCUGCCCGAGGACCCUUCCUUGGACUCUUCUGGGAGUGCAAGUCCUCCCGAGUUCAGACGGCGUGAGAACAGUAUUUCCCUGGUCUGGGGUGCUGUGCUACUACUGGGCCUGCUGGUGGUGGCUGUGGUGCUGUUUGCUGUGAUGGCCAGAAAGAAAGGGAGCAAGCUUGGUGUCUGUGGCCGGUCCCAGAGCAGUGGAGUUUCAAGCAUGGACCCCUCCUCAGCAGCCCACCACAGCAGUGACCCUGGACUGGCUGCCGGGCUGCCCACAGACAUACCGUAUGUGAGGCUCGACUCGCCACCUCCCUUUGACGCCACCUACACGGGCUUUUCUCUUGAUCCUCCACCAGGGAAGCCCCCAGCCCCACCUCCACAACCCUCUCUGCCACCUAAGGUUCUGGUGUCCUCCAAACCUGUGACAUAUGCCACAGUUGUCUUCCGGGGAGGGGACAAGGGUGAAGGAACUCCCCGUGAGCCAGUUCAGGAUCUCGCAAAGAGCCAAACCCCACCCAGCUAAAUAAUAGACCUUAAUACAGACUCUUGGGAUCACCCCUGGGGAAUUCUCUGUAGCCAUCCAAGUAGCUCUGCCUUUUAUGCCCAGAGUAUGCCAGCAGCGGGUGACCUGGGGCUCUGAUCUCGUGUCUUGGUGUAGUGGACGUAGGAAGUCAGAUCUGACUGAGGUGUUUGGGGAAGAACUCUUUUGCUGCUUCCUGGUGCUGGUUCUACUGAUAUUAGGCCAAAUAAACUUUGAGGAUGUAU